CAUUAGAAUAAAUAUAAUUGUAGUUUUAUGUGUAGAUACACCGAAGUCGACGCUUGUGCAGGAACUAUCGUGUAUAAAUGUUGACUGCAGUAUUUAUUGUUUGGUGUUACGUUCGAGACGCUGUAGGUUCAAUUCUUGGUUGGACGACAAAUGGAAAUCGUAUGAUUGGAUUCUCAAACGGAGUAAGAAGACUAAGUAUCAAGAUUGGGCAAACUAAACCAAGUAAGAUGUCGUUUGGUGGACUUCACUGUAAGGCACGGUGUGAGAUUUAUCCCCGUACAAAAGAUGUAAAGAGAUUUAAAGUUCCUGAUGAUAAAGUGAGAUGGAACGUACCCUUCCCAGAAUAUAGUCCAACAACCUUCACCACAGAGACAGUACUUAGUGGGCCAUAUUACGCAGAUCCAGAUAUAUGUUCUGGGAAAGGGGAGAUAACCAAAUGGAAUGAAAUUGAUGGCAAAGUUAGUCGAGUCAGCUUUGAAGGAAAAUAUGAAGUUGUGGAUGGCCUGCCAUUAAACCCUGUAGGAAGAACAGGUCUAAAGCACAGAGGUUGUUUAGGACGCUGGGGACCUAACCAUGCAGCUGAUCCAAUAGUCACAAGAUGGAAAAGAACUGAUGAUGACGAGAUUGUGAAGGGAGAAGAUGGUAAACCAGUCAUGGAGUUUGUGUCAAUUCAAAGACGAGAUAACGGAGAAUGGGCCAUUCCAGGUGGUAUGGUAGAACCAGGAUCAUUAGUUAGUGCUACAAUUAAGCAAGAAUUUGGAGAAGAAGCUAUGAAUUCAUUAGAAAUGUCAGAAGAAGAAAAGAAGGAGAUGCACGAUAAAAUAGAAGAUUUCUUAUCACACGGGGACAAGGUAUAUGAGGGUUAUGUAGACGACCCUAGAAACACAGACAACGCCUGGAUGGAAACUACAGCAUAUCAUUUCCAUGACGACGAUGGAACCAAAGUAGGACAGUUUAAUUUACAUGCAGGUGAUGAUGCAAUGGCUGUUCAGUGGAUGGUCUGUAAUAGUUCUAUAAACCUGUAUGCUAGCCAUACAUCAUUUUUACAACAGGCAGCAAAGAGAAUAGAUGCAAGCUGGUGACCAUGUGACAUCUAUAGCCUGUUAUCAUGUGACAUUUAAAAACUGUUACCAUGUGACCAUUAUAAACUGUUAUCAUGUGACAUGUAUAGACUUUUAUCACGUGACAUUUAUAGUCUGUUAUCAUGUGACACCAAUAUUCCUCUUAUCAUUAUCACGAUAAAUAUAUAUACAGUCUCAUUUUCAUAAUUUAUUUAUAAUAACUAAUUUACAAUAUUUUUUAUUGGUUGUUUUUCUCCUUAUAAGGUCUUUCAUAUACAUAUUUUUUAAACUUUAAAACUUUAUUUGUUCAACCCCUUCAAAAGGGAGGGGUUAUUUAUUGUUCUUUUUCUCUGUUUGUUUCUGACAUUUUGAAUUUCAUACCAUAUGAACAGAAGUCUUCCCCAGGCUAUCUCUUAUGCAUCCUGAAAUGUAGAAUACAAGUUAUGUUUCAGAUGUAACGGAGUUAACAAUACAUGCUUAACAAAGUAUGAUUAUUUGGGAUGAAUUAGGAAGGGAUUUACGCAAGAUAAACUACACUUUUAUAACAUGAGAAUUAUUAAGGAUGGUUGGAAAGUUAUUUUGUUGUGGUUCUCUCAUGUUACUCUGAUUUCCUCCACAAAUAGAAUCUGACCGCCAUGAUCUAGGCUGGUGAGCAUAUCAUAUAUAUAUUGCUGAAUCAUCAAUUUAAAGGGGAUACAUCAUUUGUAUGACUGAAAUAAAAUACUUUAGUAUAUUCUCUUUCUUGUGGUGGUCUAAUGAAAUACAGUUAUAGAAAAUAACCCCCAAAAAUGUUGGUGGCCUAGGCUAUUGUCUGCUCUAUGGUCGGGUUGUUGUCGCUUUGAUACAUUCCCCAUUUCUUCUCUCAAUUUUAUUUUAUUGAAAGGGUAAAAUUGUGUCUAGAUCUACUUUAAUGGUAAUUUAAUUAGUGUUGUUCCCACAUACAUUUUUUUUAUAUCUUUCAUUUUUAUGUAUUUUGGUUAUUGUAUUGUCAUAGUUACACUGUAUAUCAGCAAGCACCAAUUUUAUUGAAUCUGAAAUAUUUUUUAACAGCAGUUAAACAUUGAUUUAUUAAAAAAAUUCUGUUAGAACCAUAGUUAAUCAGAGCAUUGUAGUUAUAGAUUUAAACAGUUCCCCCAAUAUGUAAUUCAUAGCAUAAGGAGUGAAACUUGUUCUAGAAAUAUCUAGUUGCCAAAAUGUUUAUCAGAUGCAAUAAUGAUUAAUUUUUUUGUUUAUUGAAAGUAUGUGUCAGUUUUUGAGGUUUUUGUUUUUGUCUAAUGAAAAAUUGCAUUCAGCACUAAAUGAAAUUAUGCAUGUGAGACGCAAGAUAGUUGUUUGUUUGUGAAAACCAUCUUUUGUGCCAAUGUUAAUUACAAAACCUAAAUUUUAUUUAGUGAGAGAUUAACUCAUGGGUUCUAUAUAGAGAGUUGAAGAUUCUUGCCCUGCAAUGAAUAAGUAGAACAUUUUGUAUUAUUCCAUUAAAAAUUUCACUUGGUUGUAAAGCUGUAAAUAUUUAUCAACUUUGACUGCAAUUACAAAGUUUCAUACAAGCAAUUGAGAUUUGGAUGCUUUUGAAGAAGUAUUUGACGCAAGUAUUGAUACAGAAGCAUAACUAAUUAAUAAAUGUCAUUUUUUUUUUUUUUACCAUACUGUAAAACUCAAUUGUUCUUCCAUAAUAAAUGUUGAUUGGUACUUUGAUCACUUAAUACUCAUUGAAAACUUGGACUGCUGAUAAUACAUGGUACAAAAAAGGGGGCUCUGUAGAAAAUUUUAUUUAUUAACCAAUUUGAAAACAAGUUAAAGAUAUCUUUACAUGUCUGUUUAAAUUUAAGUAACAUUCUGAAUUCUCAUUAUUUACUUCACAAUGUCCAAAGUCCAAAUGACAGUCUGUUUAUCCAGAUAAGAUGAUUCAUGGACUGAAAUAUACCAAUUACAUAAUACAGUUACCUGGAUAUAGAAAUCAUGGGCUAUUAUGUGUGGGAAAUAUGUUUAUUUUAUAUCUUAUUAAUCAUUAGUUUUAGUAUAUUCAAUUUCAAGUGCUUUCCUGAGCAUAUCAUAGUUUUUUAUACAAAUUUGUAUACAUAUGUAUAUACACAUAAUUUAUAGAAAUAUAAAGUAACUACACAUAUAUUUAUAAAUUCACAUCAGUAAACCUUACAAAUUAGAAUUUAGUUUUUUGUUAGUUUUUGUUUUUCUCAUUUUUUUGGUGGAAAUUUUUGUAUUUUUUAGCUAUUUUCUUUUUUAGUAUAAUAUAUGUUAUAAAUCAAGGUUUUGUUAUAGUUUGAUCAAAAGUUUAUGCACAAAACAUGCACUUAUAUAAGAAAGUAAAUAAACUUAUUUGCAACACAUUAUUGUUGUUGAAAGACAAUGGCAAUGUCUAUGUUUUUAAUUUAAGGUGCAUAUAUUUCAGAAAUCCAAAUUUAACAUUUUGAAUUUUCAUAUAAAAUAUACACUGGUAUCAUUUGAAAGUAGCAAAUUACCAGAAAUGCUCAAUAAAUCCUGCACUGGUUUUGAAAAAUUAAUGGACGUUUUAACCACCAUUAUAUAAUAAAAAUAAAUUUCCCAAAACAAAUAACAUAUUUAAAGUAAGCUUAAAAUCCCUUAUGAAAGUUGUAAUAUAUCACAAACUUAUAUAUAUAUUUGCUAAAUAACCUUUACCCUUUUAAUACUCCAGUCUUCAAGAGUGAAAAAGUUUAUACAUAUGAUAAUUACAUGAUAAUAAGUAGACAUUUAAAAGAUAAUAGUUAUUGUAGCAAUGUAACAUUAACAUUUAUAGUUUCGGAUUUAGAUAUUGUUUUUUAUAAAUUUGUUGAUUUUUGAUAGAUGAAAUAUUGUUGGUUGUUUUAUUUAGCUUAUCCGAUUAUUAAAAUAUUCAAUACCUU